CUAGACUUGGACGAAUGUGCUGACGGAACACACAACUGUGAUGUGAAUGCUGAGUGUUACAAUACCCUGGGAUCGUACAACUGCACGUGUAAAGAUAGAUUUCGUGGAAAUGGAACCAAAUGCACAGGUAACUUUUUGUAACAUAUCAUUCUAUCUUUUCUCUCCUAAUUUUUCUGGUGGACAUAGCACCAGACCUAAACUUGCACAAGAGUGUAAUGUCCCUAAUUUCUAUGCGGUGUUCUACCGGCAGCAGGCCAAGAAGUACGAGCCCAUCAGUAUAAGAGACAUAACUGGGUGGGUGGUUAGGAAUAAACUUAGUUGGACACCUUUGGAUUUUCUCAAUUAAUGCUCCAUGUAUGACUGUAUAAUAAAGACCAUAGGCAGGAACAUUAUUCAAGUUUGGGUCUGACCACAGGACAGCACAGUAGCUUCCUCAUCUAAACGUCAUUGACAUCCCGGAAACUCGCCUGAUUCGCGAAGGGUUUUGUUGGCCUUUGAGGUUAUUUCUCCUGCAUGCUCUGCCCAUUGGAGAUCACGGGAAUCAGUGAUGCUUAUGUCUUAAGCUUAAGGUACACACUCGAGCGAUGUCCAUCAAGGUCAACCAGGAGUAUUCUUCUUAAAGAUGUGAACGGAUUUGCGUUUUGCGGCGUUGAAAGCUAUGCAGCUUUGUGAAUUCACCAGUUUCUUAGGAGUUACCAGCAAGAGUGACAGCAUAUUUGCGGUUGAAAGUAGAUUCUAUUUUCAUUACCAGAGCUAUCGCGAAGAUACCGUUAUGAAGAUAUAGUUAUUAAUGGGUUCGGAAGAAAAUAAUCAAAUAAGUCAGUCUUGUUUCUUUGUGGGAUUUUCUGGAGAUUUUUGCUUCGUUAUCUUAUUAUGCCGAAUUUACAGGAAUAUUUGUUGUAAGUGGUAGUGUGCAAUAUUGGCAAUACCCAAAACAAUUUGACAAUUUCUUAGCAGUACCAUAACUUUCCCUUUCAUUUUGCGAUUAUUAUACAGGAUUUACAGCAGUGUUUACAACUCUUGGUAAGAGUGGACGUAAGGGUCCAGUCCAAAUUGGAAAUCACUACACAGGUCAGGAUCACGACGGGCAAGUUACAUUGUCCAGCGGUAUUCAACAAUGGACUGUGCCACACACUGGCGAAUACAGAAUAGAAGCAAUAGGAGCCUCAGGGGGGUAUGUAGAGGACAGUAUCAUCAAGAACGGUGGAAGAGGGGCACGAAUGAUUGGAAACUUUAUUUUGACCAAAAAUGAGAUCAUUCAUAUACUUGUUAGUCAAGAAGGGAAAAAAGGAGAGAACAACUCAAAAACUGCUGGAGGUGGUGGAGGUACAUUUGUUGUGAGACGAAACAACACGCCUUUAAUCAUAGCUGGAGGUGGAGGGGGAAUCAAAAAAAUGUCAGAACAACAUCCGGGAUGUGAUGCGUCUAUAAAUACCACUGGGAAUGCAGGGAACAACUCACCACUGGGGUCAGCUGGAAUAGAAGGACAAGGAGGACUUACUAAUGGUGUGAAUUCUGGUUGGUGGAGAAUUUGCUUUUUAUAAAUACUGAGAAACUCGUUGCAUUCUACUGCCAUCCUUCACUAUCUCCAACUUGAUGAUAGAGUUAGAUCUGGAUUAAACAGAGGCACUAAAUAAAGAGUUAGUUGCAGCAUUUUUACGCUGACUUGUCCUCAUUACUAAGAAUCUCACUGCGGAUCGUCGUUUGAUCGUAAGAAAUUUAUGGGUGCUAUUCGUAAAAGAAUCACUGAUCACUUUUUGAUUGCACUGUAGGUGGCGGUGGUGGCGGCUUCCAUAAUAAUGGACAUGAUGCAACGAACUCUAGUGGAAGAGGGGGAAAAGGAGGUGCAGGAUAUCUUCAGCGGGGAAAGGGUGGAAAGUCUCUUGGUGGGUUCGGAGGUGGCGGUGGUUCACAUACAGUCAACAAGGGACCAGGCGGUGGUGGUGGUUACACUGGGGGAAGUGGCGGGGCUAAUGAUGAUAUAUCCUGUGGGGGAGGGGGAGGAUCUUUCAACAAUGGAACAAAUCAACAAAACGAAUGUUGCAAUAAUAGCGCUGGUCAUGGUUGGGUAAACAUUACAUUUCUCCGUUGA